AGAAGACUUUAUUGAAGAAGAAGAAGAAGAAUGGAUAGAGGUGGAAGAUGAACAAGAAGAACAAGAAGAACAAGCAGAGGAAAUCAAAGAAGAUGCAGAGGAAGUCACAGCUGAAGAACAAGAAGAGCAAGCUAAAGAACCAGAAGAAGGGGAAACUAAGCCCAAACCCAAACUCUUCAUGCCAAAUCUGGUACCUCCAAAAAUCCCUGAUGGAGAAAGAGUGGACUUUGAUGACAUUCACCGCAAGCGAAUGGAAAAGGAUCUGAAUGAACUGCAAGCCUUGAUUGAGGCCCAUUUUGAAAACAGGAAGAAAGAGGAGGAAGAGCUGAUAUUCCUCAAGGACAGAAUUGAACAGAGGCGAGCAGAGCGAGCUGAGCAACAACGGAUCCGUAGUGAGCGAGAGAAGGAACGGCAGGCCCGCGUUGCUGAAGAGAGAGCCCGAAAGGAGGAAGAAGAAUCUAGGAAGAGGGCUGAAGAGGAUGCCAGGAAGAAGAAAGCUUUCUCUAACAUGCUUCAUUUUGGGGGCUAUCUACAGAAGACAGAGAAGAAAAGUGGGAAAAAGCAAACAGAGCGAGAAAAGAAGAAAAAAAUCCUCAGUGAGCGUCGAAAACCUCUGAAUAUUGAUCACCUGAAUGAAGACAAGUUGAGGGAAAAGGCCAAGGAAUUGUGGCAAAAUAUUCAUGAUCUAGAAGCUGAAAAAUUUGACUUGCAGGAAAAGUUCAAGAGACAGAAAUAUGAGAUUAAUGUUCUACGAAACCGCAUUAGUGACCAUCAAAAGGUCUCAAAAGCUACUCGUGGAAAGCCUGUGGUUGGAGGCCGGUGGAAAUGAAAGAUUCUUCAGAUCUAACCUGUGGAGAAGGCAGAGUGGCAUAUUUCUGCUUUGGUCAGUCUUUGACCAAACAUCCCAUUACAUGCAGCCCAAAGAAAUGCACCAACUUUUCUAGAUGUUUCAGUCCCAACUACCUUCCAAAGGUUUCACUCUGUAGAAUGAUUAUAGCUGUGUGUGCAGCACUCUCAUGACUUGGAGAAAACACACUAUUUCUGUGUGGAAAUUAUUGUGUCACCAAAGUUAAGAAUCUUGUGUCUGUAAAUAAAGCAAAUCAUAAAACA